AUGAGGCAGAGCCAAGAGCUGAAAGGCGGGCCUCCAUCAAGUCCAGCUGAGGCGGGGUUCUCACGCCGGGGGCGGAGCUUUGGGCUGAAGGGCGUGGCCGGCCCGAAGGUGGCGUCGCUGUCCGGGAGCCACCGGGUCCGCCGGCUGCCCUCGCUGGGCCGCGUCGCGGUGGUGGUGGACCAGGGCUCGGGCUUCACCAAGGCGGGCUUCGCGGGCGAGGAGCAGCCGCGCCUGGUACUGAAGAGCUCCAGCCUGGUACCCAGCUGGGACCGGCCCGUGCUGCCCGGGGCGCCCGGCUGCGAGCUGGCGGGCGGCGUGGCGCGGGCGCACCCCAUCAAGCACGGCGUGGUGGUGGACUGGGAGGCGCUGGAGGGGCUGUGGGAGCGCCUGCUGGUGGGCGGCCUGCGGGUGUGCCCAGAGCAGUGGCCGGUGCUGGUGAGCGACUCGCCGUCGGCUCCGCCCGCGGGCCGCGAGAGGGUGGCCGAGCUGCUGUUCGAGGACCUGGCAGUGCCCGCGUGCCACAUGGCCAGCACCGCGUUGCUGGCGCUCUGCUCUGUCGGCGCGUUCAGCGGGCUGGCCUUGGAGGCGGGCGCGGGCGUGUGCCACGCCACACCCAUCUAUGCGGGCCACUCGUGGCACGAGGCCACCUUCCGGCUGGACGUGGCAGGCAGUACUCUGUCGCGCUACCUGCGGGACCUGCUGGUGGCAGCCUGCCCCGAUCAACGACUGCAUGCCCUGCCCCGCAAGGUCAUCACACAGCUCAAGAAGCACUGCUGCUAUGUGUCGCUGGACUUCGAGGGUGACCUCCGUAACCCUGCCCGCCACCAUCCUGUCAGUUUCUACUUAGGCAAUGGGUGCUCUGUCUGCCUCAGCAGCGAGCGCUUCCGCUGCCCAGAACCCAUCUUCCAGCCGGGUCUGCUAGGCCAGGCUGAGCCGGGACUGCCCACCCUGGCUUUCCGGGCACUGCAGAGGAUGCCCGCAACACUACGGACACGGCUGGCCAACACCGUGGUGGUGGCCGGUGGCUCCACGCUUUUCCCUGGCUUCACUGAGCGCCUGGAGAUGGAGCUGGAAGCCCAGUGCCGGCGGCAUGGUUAUGGGGCACUGCAGCCUCGCCUGGUGGCCAAGCCCGGGCGUGGCACAGCAGUGUGGACAGGCGGCUCCAUGGUGGCCUCACUGCGUUCCUUCCAAUGCCACUGGAUGACCCGGGCCAUGUACCAGGAAUGUGGCUCCAGGCUGGUGCACGAAGUGUUCAACUGA